CUCUCGCGGCGUCGACGUCGAGUUGCAGCCGUGUGCCAUCAAGGGGGAAACGGGCCCCGCAUUGGACUGUGUGAGAGUCGCAUCGGCACAAGCAGAUGAGUCGCCACAGUUUCAUCGGCCGCCAGCAGAGAUAGAUGGCUCCUUUCAGGGGUAGUCGCGCACGACACGUCGCGACCCUAGCCGGUCUCGCACGCGCAACAGUGGAUUGCAUGACACUUUACAUUUCGACCGAAUCUCACAGUAGUCAGGUCAGAAAACAGGGAACGGGUCGGUACACGCGAGAGUCUACAUAUUUGAUGGAAAACGCGACGGACGAUGAGAAGCUUGUGCGGUCAAGAAGGAGUGGUGCUGAUGAAGGAGACGGGUGGUCGUCAUGAUGCGGAAAGAUGGGGAGGAACGCAGAGGGGGUAUCGAUUUCGUCACAGAG